UGAGGGCGGCAGGGAGCAGUUUCCGGUCGGCGGGGCGCGCGGGUGAUAGAUCCGGGUAUCAGCGGCGCGUGAUUAUAGAGUUUAUACUGCGGUGUAUACAGGAGUAUAGCUGAGUAUUAGUGUAGUAUAUAGCGGAGUAUAAGAGAAGUAUAGCGCAGGGUCAGCAUGGCGGAUAAGAUGGACAUGUCUCUGGAUGACAUUAUUAAGCAGAAUAAGCAGCAGCGCGGCGGUGGUGGAGGCGGAGGCCGCGGGGGGAGAGGCGGCCGGGGCCGGGGAGUGGGAGCCGGCGGGGGCCGCGGCGGCAGCGUGGGGAGACUCGGUGCCGGAGGAUUCGGAGGCCGGGGCGGAGGAGCGGUGGGGCCCAUGCGGAGCCGGCAGAGCCUGGGCCGCGGCAGAGGCGGCAGACCCGCGCCGUACAGCAGGCCGAAGCAGCUCCCCGACAAGUGGCAGCAUGACCUGUUCGAUAACGGCUACAGUGCCGGUGCUGGAGGUGGCGGUGGUGGCGGCGGCGGAGCUGGAGUGGAGACUGGAGGAAAACUGCUGGUGUCCAAUCUGGACUUCGGCGUCUCAGACGCAGAUAUUCAGGAACUCUUCGCUGAAUUCGGCACUCUGAAGAAAGCUGCGGUGCAUUAUGACCGGUCGGGGCGGAGCCUCGGCACCGCAGACGUUCACUUCGAGAGAAAAGCAGACGCUCUGAAGGCUAUGAAGCAGUACAAUGGGGUUCCACUGGAUGGUCGUCCAAUGAACAUUCAGCUGGUGACAUCACAGAUUGACGCUCAGAGGCGAGCCCCGAUGCAGGGUUUGAAUCGAGGUGGUGGAGGAGGAGGAAUGAACAGGAACAGAACCGGGGGUUUCGGGGGUUUACAGCGAGGCCGUGGAGGUCGGGGUGGAGGACUCCGAGGCCGCGGUAGAGGAGGAGGUGGAAGAGGCAAUAACAAACAGCAGCUCUCGGCAGAAGAACUGGACGCUCAGCUAGAUGCCUACAAUGCCAGGAUGGAUACCAGCUAAACCACGCUGACCUGCCGAGCCGUGUUCAUGUCUCCUGGUGUGAGAUGGUGGUUGUUACAGCUUUGAAUAUGGUGGACAUUUUACACUUAACCGUCUUCAGAAGUGAUUUAAACUUGUGUACCAAUAUUUUCUCCUUUUAAAUCUCGUGUUUUUUACCAAUUUUUUGUUUUUAGUUUUUUUUUUUCUUCUUUUUUGAGAGAACUUGGUCUGACUGUAGGAGUUGAUGGGGGUGCUUGUCUUUACCCUCACUUUGUAGAUCGUUGUAAUAAAGCCUGCAGUACAUCCACAGAUUCUAAGCAAUGCCUCUUUCCUUUUGUACAGAACAUGCAGUUUUAAUGUCUGUGUACAGAAGUUACGCAGGUUUGUAAAAUCAUUAAGACUACUUUGUAUACCAAAUGUACUGCCUAAUUGUGAUGAGCAGGCUUGCGUUUUUAUUUUAUUGCAUAACCUGUACUGUUAAUUCAUGGCCACAGUUUUGUAGUUUAGAGGAAUGUUCUAACUUUUCUGUUCUACUUCCUGUAUCUCAAUCCACUUUAUUUUUGUACAUAAAUGCAAUUUUCAAGUC